AUGGCGAUGGAAGCAGCCGCUGCGUCUGCUCCAGGAGCUGUUGCCAUGGAGAUGCGAUGCGCGCCGCUCCCGGUGGUGGAGGAGGACGAGGGCUGCAGCACUCCGGGGUUCGAGGAGCGAUUCCGGCACCGGCGAAGAGGAGGGAGCCGGCGGCGCGGGCUGCCGUUCAACCGGAGCGGCUACUACCUGCUGGUGGUGAUCGGGGAGGUGGGUUCGGAGCUGCAGCUGGACGCGGCCAGAGCCCAGAUAGAGCGGGGAAUUCGAUCCUGGGACAUCGAUCUGAAGAUCUGCGACCUUGAUCAGCAGCUGCAGCUGUUUAUAACUCGCCACUCUGCACACUUCUCCACUGAAGUCAGAGGUCAAAGGACUCUCCAGCACACGAGUGAUGUCCUAGAGACUGUGGUGCUCGUCAACCCUUCAGAAGACAUUGUUGUAUCAGAGAUCCAGUCUCUCGUGACAGACUCUGCAGGCCACAAGCUUCUGGUGUUAAGUGGCCAGAGCUCAGAUCACGGUGGCCUUCUUCUUCAGACCGGAGUUUUUACGUCUCAGACCUUUUCACAAAUCUUCACUGAUCCUGGGGUCGGUGAACUGCUGGGAACAGCAGCCCCCAAGCAGCAGGCAACACUUACCGUGUCCUGCCGCGGGGAGGCGGGCUGGAGCUCCGUCGGUCAGCUGCACGCUCUGAGACAGUUCUUGGAGUACAAACUAAACCCAGAGCCAGUUCUCCCCAAAAUGGAGGGUAUCACAGAGUUUACAGAGUAUGUCUCUGAAACUGUUGACGUCCCUUCGCCCUUUGACCUCCUGGAGCCUCCCACCUCCGGAGGCUUCCUGAAGCUCUCAAAACCAUGUUGCUACAUCUUCCCUGGCGGACGAGGAGAUUCUGCCCUCUUUGCCGUGAAUGGAUUCAACAUCUUAGUAGACGGGGGCUCUGAGCGGAAAUCCUGCUUCUGGAAACUGGUUCGUCACUUGGACCGCAUCGACUCAAUUCUGCUGACACAUAUUGGAGCGGACAACCUCCCAGGUAUCAAUGGUCUUCUUCAGAGGAAGACAGCAGAACAGGACGAGGAGCAGUCUCAGGGCUCCACCAAUUACAGUGACUGGAUGAAGAACCUGAUUUCUCCUGAGCUAGGUGUUGUUUUCUUCAACGUGCCAGAGAAGCUUCGUAUGCCAGAAUCUAAUCUCAAAGUGAAACGCAGCAUUGAAGAGGCGUCACUUACUUUGCAGCAUCUUAACAAACUGGGAAUCAAGCCGGAGCCCCUGUUUCGAGUGGUCAGCAACACCAUUGAGCCUAUUACCCUUUUCCAUAAAAUGGGAGUGGGGAGGUUAGAUAUGUACAUUCUUAACCCUGUCAAAGAUAGUAAGGAGAUGCAGUUUCUAAUGCAGAAGUGGGCUGGGAACAGCAAGGCCAAAACUGGCAUUGUGCUGCCCAGUGGGAAAGAAGGAGAAAUAUCUGUGCCCUACCUGACGUCAGUUACAGCCUUGGUCGUCUGGCUUCCUGCCAGUCCUGCAGAAAAGAUAGUCAGAGUGCUGUUCCCUGGGAAUGCACCUCAAAACAAGAUUUUAGAGGGUCUGGAAAAAUUAAAGCAUCUCGACUUUCUGCGAUAUCCUGUAGUCACACAGAAAGACAUCACUUUAGGAGCUGCUCCGUCAGUUAUUAAACAAACCAAGUUAAAACAAAGGACAGAUAGCAAAGAGAGUCUCAAAUCCUCCCCCAAAACCAUCGCAAAGAUCUCCAAAAAAGAAACGGAAGGACAAGAUGACGCGUCGACCAUCACAGAGGCAAAGAGUGACUCUGUGAAGGAAAAUAUUUUAGAGAAAAAAGAAGAGAAAAAGCCAGCCAAGACUCUAAAAUCCAAAGCAGAAGUGCCGGAAAAGAAGAAACUCUUGAAAGAAAAGUCAUUAAAAAAGCAUUCCAAGGAAAGGACAUCAAAAAUGGAUGAGAAAAAGGACAAGGAAAAGAGAGAGAUAAAGAAAAUUAAAAAAGACGAUUCAGCCAAAAAAGAAGAGAAGAAAGAUGCAAAGUCCAAGGAGGACAAGAAGAAGGACGCAUCCAAACCUGAGUUGAGAAAAAUCACAAAACCUGACCUAAAGCCACUUACACCUGAAGUAAGGAAGACGUUACAUAAAGCUAAAGCUUCAAGCAAAGUCAAAACUGUAAAAAGCAAAGUGACAAAGGCUGAAGCUGCUGAACCCAAAGCUGACCAGGCAAAACCUGCAGGUAUUCAGCCUGAGCCCAUAGAGAACCAAUCUGCUGGAGGUACAUCCGCUUUCUCCCCACCUGAAGACCUCACCAAGGAGUUUGAGGAACUAAAAAAAGAUGAAAUCGAUGCUGUAUCAGCAGAGCCACAAGAAAGUGAAGAAGUUUCUCUUGAACUAACCGCAGAAAGCCUUAUCCAAGAGAAGAUGGAAGCACAAGAAAAUGUUUCAGAAAUCCCACAGGAAAGAAAAUCCCCUGAAAGGAGGCCAUCAGGCCCAGAUGUAGGAGCUGAUACUGAAGUCAAGGCCAAAGAAUCACCUGAAGUGCAAGAAGUGGAUGAGGCUCAAAAGUUUGAGGAUGAGGGAGCAGCAUCUCAGGAUGAGGAAGACACAGAGGAAGAAGCACAAGCUGCAGAAAAGAAAGCACUGGAUAAGGAGGAAGAGGAGGAGGAUGAGGAUAUGGGAAUAGGUGUAGAUGAAGAUGAAUCAAAAUGGAAGGAGGCAAAGGAUGAUGAGUUUGACAGAAAACAUGAGAUGGAAGAAAUGGAGAAAUCAAAAGAUCUCUUUACUAAAGUUGUGACAACACAGGAGCUCCAGAUGUCUCCAUUCAAGUGUGAGAAGGAGGAAGAGGAGGAGGAAGUAAUGGAGAAAGCUGAACUGGAAGAAGUGGAAGAUCUAGAUGUAAUAGCAGAUGAAGAGAUCAAAGUUCAACCUAAAGAUGCAGCUGAAAGCAAAACCAGUGAAAUACUGGCUGCAGCUAAAGUCGAAGAGGAAGAGGAUGAUGAGCGUUACUCAUCGUAUGUUGGAAGGAUCACUGCUCCCAUUAGCGCAGUAGUUCAAGGAGCUGUAGCAGGUGAACCCGGCUCUUACAUUCAAGAUGAGAUGAUUCCUGGCUACUCUGAGACAGAGCAGACUAUCUCUGACGAGGAGAUUCACGAGGAGGCGGAGGAGAGAAUACCACAUCUUCAGUAUGACGUUGGCAUCUAUGACAUCUCUGUUCCAGAUCAGACUGGAUCCUUUGUAAACAUUCAUGGCAUGAGGGAGAUGCAAGCUGCUGCUAUGAUCGAGAGGGGCUUUAUCCCAGGUGUACAAGAACAAGUGUCAGUUUUUACCAACAUUAUAACUGCUCCUCUGGCGGAGGAAGAACACGUGUCUUCGGCAACGUCAAUCACAGAGUACGACAAAAUCUCCUCCUUUCCUACUUCUAUUGCUGAUGAUCAGUCUGUUGCAUCUGUGGCUACACCUGAGGAACCACCUAAAGCAUCUACUCCUUCACCAGUGACUCCAAAUUCUAGCCAAGGUAAAGAGCAGCUGCGCUCUACAGGAAGUCUGUCACCACCUUCUUUGGAAGACAAUAAACUCUCUAAGUCUCCAUCCAAUGACUUGCAACUUCCUAUUGCAGAGGGUAAGACUGCUGUUGAGGUCCCUGUUGUAGCAGAAAAAGAGGAGGAAGAGGAAGAGGAGGAAGAAGACCAAACUCCUAAUGUUGACAUACCACUUACAAAACUCCAAGAGGGCUAUGCUUCAUCCAAAACCCUACAGAGCAAAGAGGCGGAUACCAAAACGCAUCUAAGUUCUCCUGAAAAGGUUCAACGUGACAUCAAACCGGACCACCUACCUGUUGAAGAGGUAAAUAUUGAUGCAGUCGCUCCUAAAGAUAUUUCAUCUGUUGUGCCUACAAGACCAUUUGGAUCUGACUCUGUCACAUCCGAGAGUGAGGAGCGUUGUUUCAGCCCGGAUGAUAUCACUGUGAAAAUGGCUUCACCUCCACAGUCUGGACCCUCGAGCGCAGCUCACUCUCCCCUUCACCACUCUCCAGUGGAAGACAAAAUGAAGGUUUUCUUAGAUUUGGGGCAGCAACAGGAGGUGCUUUCUGAUGUGGCCGCCGCAAAAGAUGACGAGCUCAAAAAGGAAGAUGAGCGGGAAACAAGAACACAGAAAGAAGCCGAUCACAAGAAAGACGGUCAGAUUGAAGUAGCAGUUUCAAUAUCUGCCACAGAAAAUGUCCCAAGGAUGGAAGAACCAGAAAAAGACUCCUCAUCGGUGCCAAAAGAUAAAGAAAAUCUGGUAGAAAUGGUAUCUGCCGUUGCUUUAUCUUUAACAGAAGUAAAACUGCCUGUCGAGGUUGUGAGGGACUCCCCCCAGUCAUCUAAUGAAGAAGACUCAGAUUUUAAGGAGGAGAAACCUAAAGUGCCUUCACCAGCUACAUUUCCAGGGAGAAAGAGUGGUUUCUUAGAUGAUGACAAGAAUUUUUAUGAUAAUGACAAGAAAGAUGAUGAUGAUAAAUCUACUAUUAAAAGUAUCUGUGCAGAACAAGAGGCAAGAAAAAAUGACACUUCAGAUCUCAAACAUAUCGAGGAUGAACAUAAAGAGAAAUCUAUCAUUCAGGUAAAGGUCCCAACAGCUGAGUCCAUCAUAGACGAGAAGCCGGAUGAAAAUGCAGAAAAAGAAAAUGUUUUGGGUUUUAAACUUGCCAAAGAGGAAGAAGCAGAAGACUCUGUCACUGUAGGUAAAGCCAUUAAAGACGAGGACAAAGAAACGGAAAUAGAGAACGCUCUUAAGAUGAAAUCCGCUGAACAAGCGGAGAUGGAAACUGUAACUUCUGAGGCCAAACAAAUCAAAGAAGAGCAGAAAAAUAAAGAAGAAACACAAAAGGACAGAAUUGACCUCAGAACCAGCGAGGAUGCUCAAGAGACAGAAAUUAAAACUGAUGAUGUUCAUUACAUAAAGCUUUCAAAAGAUGAAAUAGAAACGACUGACAUCUUUAAACAAAAAACACAGGAAGAAGAUAAUGAAAAGGACCAGCCUUUAGAUAAUAAAUCUGCUACAGAAAACGUGAAGAAAGAGGAAAAGAAAGAUGAUAAGUGCAUGACUGCGCCUUCCCAAUAUGAGAAGGAACAGGCGAAAGAACCAUCAGAUUUAACAUUGAAAGAAGACAAGAAAGAAGAAAAAGACUUGGAAGAAAGAGACUUAUCUUCCCCCAAGUCCUUUACGGAUGAGCAUAGCAAAGAAGAAGAAGAAACUGCUGACAUUAUUGUUACGAAGCUUGGGAAAGAAAACAUUAGUCUGAUGGGUGAAUCUCCCAUUACCAUGAAAGAAGCAGAACAAGCAAUUAGUAAGGAUGUAAUCCAUACCAUCAGCAGCACCAGUGUGGAGGAGAAAGAAGACAUGGUGACUAAAGAUGAAAAUCUGUCAGCCAAGACAACAAUAACAAUUACACCAGAAAAUAGCAAAGUCACAAGCGAAGAAGAUAUUACAGACACUAAAGCUCCCAAGGAAGAAAAAGAUAUAACAUCAAGUAAGGAUUUAGAACAGGACGAAAAGCAGGACACAAAAGGAAAAUCUGUGACUGUUGAACUUGUAUCAGAAGAAAAGGAUGCUCAACCAAGUAAGGAGGAAACUCCUGGUCUUGAACGUGAUGAAUGUAAAGAUGCUACUGGUGCAGCAAAACAUACCAAGAUGGAAGAAGAGCCUGCAAUCGUAUGUAAAUAUAUUGAUUUAGAAGAAGCAAAAGAAACAACUCAAACAGAAAGAGAAAAGACAGAAGAAGAAGAGAAACAAAAUGUGAGUAAAAGUUCUCCUGCUGAUGAACCAGCUCAUAUCAGGGAGCAAGCUGUAAUAAAAACCGAGCAUGAGCUCACUUUCACAACGCUUGAAGAUAAAACAACCAUGAAGGAUGUCAAUAAAGUAGAUGCAUCUGCCUCACAGGAGGAAAAAGACAAAGAAAUCUGUAAAGAUGUGUGGGCUGCUGAAACGGCAGAAGAAGAAAAAGGGAUAACGGUAGACAAGGAAGAGCCACUGACUGUCAAACUGUCCGACGAAAGACAAGAGACAAUUCAUGAUCGUGGCGUCACUGACAAACACAUCAAGGAUGAGAAAGAUACAACUGCGGAUACAUUUUCUGAUAGACAACUGUGUGAGGUGAAAGAAGCAGAAGAACCAAAUGUUCAGCCUAUCACAGACAAGAAGGAUGAAAUCAAAGAUAUUACAUCAUCAAAGGAGGCAAAAGAAACGUUAAUAGAAGAAGUUGAGGAAAUUCGGCUCAAAAAGGAAAGUGAAAAAAUCACAAUUGCUACGCAUGCACCUGUUAAAGAGCAAAAAGAUGGCGAUGGUUCAGUUAAGGCUGUUAAAGAGGACAAAGAAAGUGAAAUGGGGGAUGUUUCUGAUAAACAAACCCAGGGGACUGUGAGCUGGGAGACGGGAGACUCUGAUGACCAGAAAUCAAUUUUGGAGCAAAUGAAGCACACUGCUCACUGUGAGGCAAACAAAGACACUGACUCAGAUUCUGCCACUGACAUAAAACACAAAGACUUGUCCGAGAGUCAAACCUUCAAAGAGGAGAAAGGUGAAGUCAAACAGGACCGUCAUGAUGAGCACAUUAUACAGGAUUCUGUAACAGAGACAUACUCUCCCACAUGUAGCACCACAGAAGAGAAAAAAGGCGAAGACUAUUAUUUAUUUGAGUCAAAAUCCAAAAUGUCUGAUGAGAAAGAGGUAGAUUUUCCAAAAACCCAGAGCGUGAAAGAUGAGACGAAAAUUGUUGGUGAGACUACACAUGAAGAACCUUUUGAGAAGUUUCCUGAAGCUCAAAAAGAGCGGGAAACAUUCACAGAAGAAACACAGCAAGAAUUGGUGGUGAAAGGUGACCUCUGCGUGUCUUCCCAGCACAUCCAGGAGGAGAAAAAAGACAAAGAAUCGAAGGUCAUUAACGGAGAAGAAAAGAUGGAGACAGAAAAGGACGAUGCACAUGUCGCUGAACUCAGUAAAGAACAAAAAAUGGAGAAAGAACAGGAAAAAGACUACACCUACGAGACUGAAGACAUCAGAGAUGAAAAAGCAAAAUCAGCUGAGAAUGAACAGAUAAUUAAAGAAAAGGAUGUGCCUCCCACAAAGGCAGAUGACAUGACAGAGAAAGAAAAGUCUGAUUAUACUGAUGGAGACCACACCAAAGAGGAGAAAUGGGAGAAAGAGGAAAUACAGGAGAAAGACCAGGUCAAAUCUACCCAGCCAUUAUCAGGAGAAGCAGUGGUGCUAUCAAAGUCAGAUUACAAACCUGUAUUUGUGGUUCAGUCAUCAGAUGACGACAGAGAAGAUGAAGAGGACGACAUCUGCAUGGGAGGAGCAGGCUCCAGACCAUUGUCAGUGGAGUCGAAAACGUCUGACCAUGACUAUUCCUUUGUGCGUUCGUCUAUUAGUCAAACUCCACAGACAAGUGACCAAAGUAAACCAUCUACUUCUCAGCAGCCCACUGUAAUUAUACCUACUCUUAUAAUGCAGGAGCCAUCUCUGGAUGAAGAGAUCAGAGAGUUUGGAAAAGAAGAAUCCAGACUUCCACCUGAGGCACAAAAAGACGUGAAAGCGAAAACCACACCCGAACCAGUUACCAAGCCAGAGUCGGCUUUUGAUGUCGUCAGGUCAGAGAAAGAAGAAACAGUUUGCGGUAUCACAGCUGCCAAAACAGAAACAACAGAGAAAAAGCCUUUGUUGUCAACACUAUCAAGCACUGACAGCCAACCACGAAGCUCCACACUUUCAAGCACCGAAAGCCAGUCCAGUGUGGAGGAAACACUGCAACCUGAAAAGGAAAUCCUGGCUCAUGUGAGUGCAGAAACAGUGGCUACAGAGAAGACAAACGUUGAUGGAAAACUAGAGAAGGAAGCAGCGAGGGAGACGGAAGGAGAAAGAGAGAUGGCUUCUCCAGAGUUGACACAGUCUUGUCCAUAUUUUAUGUUAGAAAAACAAUCUGUUGAUGCUACCCACACGACUGGCCCAGCAAAAACAGACACAGAUGACAAAACGAGCUCAAAUGGAGAGGUCACAAGCAUCAUCCUCGGCAGUGAGGCACAAACCUUUGGUGCAUCCAAAUAUGAUCCAUACGAAAAACCUGUUCCAAUAAACCACGAUCUGGACUCCAGAGAAGAGGGUGAGGCUUCACAUGGUUUUGAUAAUGUUUCUGACAUCUGCAUUGACGAUAACAGAAGAACAAGCCAAACUGAGACUGGAGGAGCCAUGUUCCUCCUGGAUGAUCAGUACAAGGAGGAACCUCUGUCCUUCAGUAGAGUGGACUACAGCCCAGUGUCCCUCACAAGCAGUGAAAAGAGUAGCCACCACAGCCCAAGUGAGUCCCCAAAAGAUGAAGUCAGAGAAAAGUGCCAAGCAGAGGAGAGUAAAAGAGAAGAAAGGGCAGAUGCAGUAUCUGCUGACAGCAGCUGUUCAUCCACAAAUAUACAAGACAAUAAAAUGUCCCAAGCUGCUGAGUCCUAUUGUUUUAUCCCUAAAGAGGAUAAACCUGAGAAAUCUGAGAAAGAGAAAGAAGAUAUUAGGAAAGAAGAUGCAGCAAGUUCUCAGAUACAGUCGAUGGGAGGGGAUGACAUCAUUUCUACCACUGGUGUAAGACAAGAAACAGCCUCUCCUUCACAGAGCCACACAGAUCUCUGUGCCUCGGCUUCCAGUGACACUUCUGGGGAAAUCAUGGAAAAAGAGAAAGAAAAGCAUACUGAGUCACUCAAAGACAAAAUAGAAACUUCUGAACAUUCAAGCGAGGGAUCCCCAUCUGGUCGGCAUUCACCUGCAGAAAAGGACAUUUUACUUCAUCAAGCAUCACUUUUACCAAGACAAGAAGCACCAUCUGGCUCAAGGUCUGAAGCUUCAGCCACAUUUGUAGGACAUGGAUUUGAUGAUAAUGUUCUGGCAUCUGAGAACAGUCAAAUUAGCAACUCAUUUGGUUUUACAGAGAAAAAAGAAAGCAUAAUUGAUAAACGGCUACUAGUAGAGGGGGAAGAUUUCAGUGUUGAGGAUGAUGAAGAUGAUGAGGAGGAAGAAGAGGAGGAAGAGUCAAGUGAUGUGGAUGUGGAAAAGGGUGCCAGAGAACUGUCUGAAAAAGAAAUGUGCAGACGUGGUUCUGAUGAUAAUGCUUUCCUGGCAGAAACAAAGGAAUCGGAUAAAAUGUCUCAGCUGACUGAACAGAGUCUCCUCAAAACGCCGCCAGCCUGUAAAUCAACUCCUGAUGACGGUUCAGCUUUUCAACUUACAGACAAGGAGGAUGUAGGUGGGAAUCUGGAGGACACGCUCAGUGACACGACGACAUCAAAACAUUUUGACACUAGUCCAGACGUAGGCAGAACAACUCAAAAAGGUGAAUGUAGUUUUGCAUCACGAGAUUUCCCUAAACAUUUUGACAAAGAGGAGGCGGAUAAAAAAGACAAUGCUGAUUUUUCCUCUGAACCCAUUACAACAAUCAGGUUGCCUGUGACAGAAGAUAUUGUAUCAUCUGAAGUAAGGAAGUCCGAAAAGAAAGAUGAAGACAAAGCUUUACUUUCAUCUGAGUCUAAAUUUGAGACAAAGAAAACUUGCCAGACAACAUCUACAAUCAGCUCGAUAGCCAGCUCUUUGCCAGUUGAUUAUUCUGAUUUUAUGUCCAAACCUACAUCUUGUGCGGUGCCUCCUCUAGCUGGUACCUAUGCUGAUAUUGGACUGAGCAGAUCUAGAGAUUAUUCCGAGCAUUUCUAUGGUGAAGGCAGUCAAGUUGGACUAAAAACCGAAAUGACAGAAACCUGUGUGCUCUCAGAUACUUCCAAGCUGUCCAGUUCAACGGAUGAUCAACACUGCAGCCGUAGGCCCAUCCAAGAAGAAGGUCUGAGGGAGAGGUGGACCCCAGAUGUCACAACAAAACAUGAGGAAACUACCUUGGCAGAUGGCGCAUACACCACCUUAACAUACUCUUCUUCAGAGUACUCCUCUGCGUCAUAUGGUGGCUCGUCUUCUACCUCAGUGUCUGCUCUUGGUUCACACUUUGAAGACAAACUCGAAACUUUCACAAUGCCAACCUCUGAACUACCUUUAGCCAAAGAGGAUAUUUCAUUCACAGGAGCAUCCACAAGCUCCUCUGGCUUUGGAGGCUUUCAGAGAGAUGAGUACAUGGAGGUGGUGUCAAAACCAGCAGCAGAAGUGUCCAAACUACCAUCUCCAGAUUCAUUCACCACUGCCAUGCAGUCGGAUGAUGAAGAGCCAAAAGCAGAUAUAAAACUGAGCACUGAGAUCACAACUCUCCCCCCAGCACCUCCUUUAAUAAGUACAAAAUCAGGAAAUGCGUCAGAAAGUUCAUUUACAUCAGAAGCUUGCUUUGAUGUGUCUCCUCUUCAAAGGGCUGACACUUCUGACCAGAGGUCUCAUGACAAGGAGCCUGAAACCCUUGAAAUGGAGGACAGCACUCUACCAUGUCGUAUUGAAUGUCAAAAAAUCAAAGAGGCUGACCAAAAACAACUUUUUCUAUCAGUAACUGAGUCAAAGUCAGUGGAGAGUACCACUUACUCCAUGGAAAAACAAGCAGCCGCCAUCACUUCUACCACCAUUGUGUAUAAAGCAGACGGGGUCACAGAAACAACUCAGCAUACAAUCUCAGCCACUCCACUUGGUGAUCGUGAAGCUACCAAAACUUCAUGUGCCAUAACAGACUUGCACAAAAUUGAAGAGUUUAAGGAGAAAACGUUGCAGAAAAAUGAGGAGGAAACUGACAAAGCUGUUGGGUCUUUGACAGACGAUACCAGUGUGGCAGAGAAAGAAACAAGUGGGAAAGACGACAAAACGGAGACAACAAAAGACACGGGAGCCAAACAGAAAACAGAGGACAAGAAACUGAUUGAAAAGACUAGUGAAGACACCGCAAACGAGAAAAAAGCAACAGCUGACUCAAAGCUCAGUGAAAAAGAAGAGGUCAUUAAACAAGAGACAGACAAAGUGGAGGAGAAAAGUUUGCUAGAAAAGACAUCAGAAAAGUUAGAGGUAAGGAGAAAGAGCAGUUUAUCUGAUUGGGAGCUUCUACAGAGACCCGAUGACUAUCCUAGUACCCCUCCCCCUGGUUAUGAUGAUGAUGAUGAUGAUGAAGAAUAUGACGAGGAAGCAACAAAAUGGAUGACCAGUUCUCAAGGUAUGUCUUUGUCCUCCUCAAAAGAUGCUUACCAUACAGAAUCAUCAAGCAGAGAUGUAAAGACUGAUCGUCCCACUGACCUCAACACCGGAGCAACGUCUUCUGCCUCCCCUCAAGGCUACUCAUCCUGUGAGUACAAACAUCGCAAAGGAGAACUUUCUCCAUCCUUCAUAAACCCCAGUCCUCAUCGGUUCUCUAGUGAAGAAGGUGAGGAGGGUGUUGGCAGUGAUCAUUCCCAGGAUGGGAAUGAAGACGAUCAUGAGCAACACCCAGUGAAAAAGAGGUUGCACAAGCAAAGGCGCCACCACACUCAGAGUCAUCAUGGAGACACCGGACAUGGACCACACCAGCUACCUGGUGCAAUGUCAUCCGGUUUGGUCGUCACACUAGCUGGAGAGGAAACUCCUCCAACAUCAGUAAGUGAGUCAAUACCUUCACAGUCCGACUCUGAUGUUCCUCCAGAAACUGAAGAGUGUCCAUCCAUAACGGCAGAGGGAAAUUUGGACUCUGACGAGGAUGCUGAGCAUCUGCCAGUAGACAAAUUAUCUGCCUCUGGAGUAGGGAUGGGCCACCAUCCAUCAUCACCAAGGUCAGCUCAGAAAACCCAUGAUCCAUUUCCCACCCCAAUAAAAGACCCUCUGCCUCACCCUCCCCAUCCGGACGUCUGCAUGGUCGACCCAGAGGCUCUUCUCAACGAUCAUGGUGGCACAGAGAAACUUCUCAAGAAAAAGGGCCUUAGAAAGAGCAAACCUAAGUCAGCAUCACCUGCUCGUAAGGGGGAUGUCAGGAAGAGGUCUUCUACACCAGUGAAGCAGACCAAGGACUCCGCUUCACCCCGAUCAUCCUCCCUCAGAAGAAAAGACCCAGAAAGAGCAUCCAGACUGAUCAAAAUGUCUGAGAGCCAAGGCUCAAAGAGUGAGCUCCUCAAUCCAGGGAAAGGGUUGGUCAAUGGCAUCAAGACCACUUCAGGAAACAACUCCCAGAAAACUAGCACAGCUGUGCCCCCAGGACCUCCCGUGUAUGUUGACCUGGCCUAUGUGCCCAACCAUUGUAGUGCUAAGAACGUGGACCAGGAGUUCUUCAAGAGGGUGCGGGCUGCGUACUACGUCGUAAGCGGGAAUGACCCGGGCAGUGGCGAGCCCAGCCGGGGAGUUCUGGACGCUCUGCUGGAGGGCAAAUCUCAGUGGGGCUCCAAUCUUCAGGUGACCGUGAUACCGACUCACGACACAGAGGUGACCCGGGAGUGGUACCAGCAGACACACGAGAGGCAGCAGGAUUUGAACAUCAUGGUUUUGGCCUCCAGCAGCACUGUCGUCAUGCAAGACGAGUCUUUCCCCGCCUGCAAGAUUGAAUUUUGA